AUGGAGCCGCUGUUCCCCACCUCCAGACCGGCCGGCUGGAACACCUCAGCGGCCACCAGCGGCGGCGGGGAGAACGGGACGAUGGCGGGGCCCGCGUCCUCGCCGGGGGCCCGAGCGGUGGUGGUGCCGGUGCUCUACCUGCUGGUGUGCGUGGUGGGGCUGGGCGGCAACGCGCUGGUCAUCUACGUGGUGCUGCGCCACGCCAAGAUGAAGACCGUCACCAACAUCUACAUCCUCAACCUGGCGGUGGCCGACGUGCUCCUCAUGCUGGGCCUGCCCUUCCUGGCCACACAGAACGCCGUCUCCUACUGGCCCUUUGGCCCCGUGCUGUGCCGCCUGGUGAUGACGCUGGACGGCAUCAACCAGUUCACCAGCAUCUUCUGCCUGACCAUCAUGAGCGUGGACCGCUACCUGGCCGUGGUGCACCCCAUCCGCUCCACGCAGUGGCGCCGCCCACGGGUGGCCAAGCUGGCCAGCGCCGCGGUCUGGGCCUUCUCGCUGCUCAUGUCUCUGCCCCUGGUGGUCUUCGCGGACAUCCAGGAGGGCUGGGACACCUGCAACCUCAGCUGGCCGGAGCCCGUGGGCCUGUGGGGCGCCGUCUUCAUCAUCUACACGUCCGUCCUGGGCUUCUUCGGGCCGCUGCUGGUCAUCUGCCUGUGCUACCUGCUCAUCGUGGUGAAGGUGAAGGCGUCCGGCGUGCGUGUGGGCUCCACGCGGCGGCGCUCGGAGCGCAAGGUGACACGCAUGGUGGUGGUGGUGGUGCUGGUGUUCGUGGGCUGCUGGCUGCCCUUCUUCAUCAUCAACAUCGUCAACCUGGCCAUCGUCCUGCCCGAGGAGCCCGCCGCCGCGGGUGUCUACUUCUUCGUCGUCAUCCUGUCCUACGCCAACAGCUGUGCCAACCCUGUGCUCUAUGGCUUCCUCUCUGACAACUUCCGCCAGAGCUUCCGGAAGGUUCUGUGCUUCCGAAAGGGCUAUGGCACCGAGGACGUGGAUGCCACGGAGCCGCGGCCCGACAAGAGCAGCCGGCUACAGGAGGCCACGCUGGCUGCAUGCAGCUCAGAGGCCAACGGGCUCAUGCAGACCAGUAGGUUGUGA